AUGGAUUUUAUUUAUGGUUGUGAUGAAACUGUAACAAGCAAAACUUGUUUUAUAGAUCAAUUUCCAUUUCAAUCAACUGAAAACUUAACAGUUAUGAUUAUAAAAGCAGGUCGAAAAUCACUUGAAUCACUUGAUGAAUUAAUACAAUUUAUUGAUCCAUCUGUUUUAUCCAAACAAUUAAAUGGUACACAUUCAGAUUUUACAUAUAUUUUGCCAACAAAUAAAGAUUUAAUUAUGAUAACUAAUUUUUAUUAUGAUAUAAUUACAAGCGAAAAAUAA